AUGUGGACGAAUUUCUGCAAACCAUGGUUUUUCUGCUGUCUCCUGGUAGCAUUGACCAUUGUGCUUCUAGUCCUCAAUGUUAAUCAGUUAGAGCACUUGGAUCGUGAAACUGUUUCAGCUACCUUCAUUGAUACCAGUGGGCAGGAUAUUCCCCUUCAAGCAACAGGAGUUAGCAGAAAGCCUUACUGUGGUUAUGAACACCAAAUCUUGUCCAAAAGGGAGCGUUUGGAAGAGGACUCCUUACUGGCAGCCUUACAGAGUCAUGAGCCUUAUACUGAUUUGGUCCCAUUUGUGAAGAGCACUGACCCCUCCUCUAGUUAUUUUGUGAUAUUGAACUCUGGAGCAUUCUUUAAGGUGGGGAGCCAGCUCGAAGUGUUGGUGCAAGUACAGGAUUUCCAAGGGAAGCCCAAGAAGUAUGGUGGAGAUUAUUUGCAGGCCAGAAUCCACUCACCCAAACUGCAAGCUGGCGCAGUGGGGAGAGUUGUAGACUACCAAAAUGGGUUCUACAAAGUUUUUUUUACUUUGCUUUGGCCAGGCAAAGUGACUGUAUCUAUAGUUCUGGUUCACCCCAGCGAAGCGAUCCAGGUCCUUCAGCGUCUACAGGAGGAGAGGCCAGAUAGAGUCUAUUUUAAAAGUCUCUUCCGGUCUGGGAGGAUUUCAGAGAUCACCAUAUGCAAUGUAUGUCUACCAGGAAACCUGCCUGUGUGUAAUUUCACAGAUCUCUAUACUGGAGAGCCCUGGUUUUGUUUCCAACCAAAAAAACUCCCUUGUAGCAGCAGAAUCAACCAUUACAAAGGAGGGUACCUCAAGGGCCUUUUAACUACAGCAGAGAGUGCUUUCUUCCAAAGAGGAGUCUCUGUGAGACUUCCCAUUUCUAGCCCUGGCUAUCAUUGGCUGAACUUUGUGCAAAUGUAUUUUUCAGAUUUGGUGGAGUUUAACCUGGGCAGUCCCAAAAAUGUUGGCCCCUACCUCGCAGUGGAUUUGAAACACAACAUCUUGCUACAAUACCGCUGUCAUGGACCUCCCAUCCGAUUCACUACUGUCUUAAGCAAUGAGCUACAUUAUGUGGCCAAUGAGCUGAACAGGAUUGUGGGGGGGAGAAGCACUGUGGUGGCCAUUGCCAUAUGGUCUCACUUCAGCACCUUCCCUUUAGAGGUUUAUAUCCGGAGGCUAAGGAGCAUUCGACGUGCAGUUGUGCGCCUCCUAGACCGGAGUCCGAAGACAGUGGUAGUUAUCCGAACAGCCAACGUACAGGAGCUGGGGCCCGAGGUCAGCCUGUUCAACAGUGAUUGGUUCUCCGUUCAGCUCGACACAAUUCUGAGGAAGAUGUUCUCGGGAGUUGGCGUGUACUUGGUGGACGCCUGGGAGAUGACGCUUUCCCACUACCUGCCACACAAGCUGCAUCCAGAUGUAGUCAUUGUCAAGAACCAGCUUGACAUGUUCUUGUCUUUUGUGUGUCCAGUGAAGACUUAGCUUUGCCCACUGGGGAGUCUUUCUAGGGGGAUUGUUGGCAUUAAAUCGAAUGAGGAUUUCCUUUUCAUCCAUCCCUCCAUGUGGAAGCUAUAGUUGGAGAAAUGGCUAAAAAGGCUCUAUUUUAUGUAAUAACUUAAUAUGAUACUAAGGAGAGGGCUUUGAUAAAUUCAGGUUAUAAUUCAUACCUUCUUAGCCAUGGGAAUACCAUCUCAAAGUAAUGGCAAUAAUGUCACAAGUAUCCAUUCAUCACAUCAACAUUGUGACCAAA